GCCGGGCCCCGCUGACCGCCAUGCUGACCUUCUUCCUCGUGUCGGGGGGCUCCCUCUGGCUGUUCGCGGAGUUUGUCCUCUCACUUCUGGAGAAGAUGCAGACACAGGAAAUCCUGAGGCUACUGCGGCUGCCUGAGCUGGGUGACUUGGGUCAGUUUUUCCGCAGCCUGUCAGCCACUACCCUUGUGAGUAUGGGUGCGCUGGCCGCCAUCCUCGCCUACUGGUUCACUCACCGUCCGAAGGCCUUGCAGCCGCCAUGCAACCUCCUGAUGCAGUCAGAAGAAGUAGAGGACAGUGGCGGGGCCCGGCGAUCUGUGAUCGGGGGUGGUCCUCAGCUGCUUACCCACUACUACGAUGAUGCCCGAACCAUGUACCAGGUGUUCCGCCGUGGGCUUAGCAUCUCAGGGAAUGGGCCCUGCCUAGGCUUCAGGAAGCCUAAGCAGCCUUACCAGUGGCUGUCCUACCAGGAGGUGGCCGACAGGGCUGAAUUUCUGGGGUCUGGACUUCUCCAGCACAAUUGCAAAGCAUCUACAGAUCAGUUUAUUGGUGUUUUUGCACAAAAUCGGCCAGAGUGGAUCAUUGCAGAGUUGGCCUGCUACACGUAUUCCAUGGUGGUGGUCCCACUCUAUGACACCUUGGGCCCUGGGGUUAUCGGCUACAUCAUCAAUACAGCGGACAUCAGCACCGUGAUUGUGGAUAAACCUCAGAAGGCUGUGCUUCUGCUAGAGCACACGGAGAGGAAGGAGACUUCAGGCCUCAAGCUGAUCAUCCUCAUGGAACCGUUCGAGGACGCGCUGAAAGAGAGAGGGCAGAAGUGUGGGGUGGUCAUUAAAUCCAUGCAGGCUGUGGAGGAUUGUGGCCGAGAGAAUCACCGUGUUCCUGUGCCCCCACAGCCUGAUGACCUCUCCAUUGUGUGUUUCACAAGUGGCACAACAGGGAACCCAAAAGGUGCUAUGCUCACCCAUGGGAACGUGGUGGCUGAUUUCUCAGGCUUUCUGAAAGUGACAGAGAGUCAGUGGGCUCCCACUUGUGCGGAUGUGCACAUUUCCUAUUUGCCUUUAGCACACAUGUUUGAGCGAAUGGUGCAGUCUGUUGUCUAUUGCCACGGAGGGCGUGUUGGCUUCUUCCAGGGAGACAUCCGCCUCCUCUCGGAUGACAUGAAGGCUCUGUGCCCCACCAUCUUCCCGGUGGUUCCACGACUGCUGAAUAGGAUGUAUGACAAGAUCUUCAGCCAGGCAAACACACCAUUAAAGCGCUGGCUCCUGGAGUUUGCAGCAAAGCGUAAGCAGGCCGAGGUCCGAAGUGGAAUCAUCAGGAAUGACAGUAUCUGGGACGAACUCUUCUUUAAUAAGAUUCAGGCCAGUCUUGGUGGGUGUGUGCGGAUGAUUGUUACUGGAGCAGCCCCGGCAUCACCAACAGUCCUGGGAUUUCUCCGGGCAGCUUUAGGGUGCCAGGUUUAUGAAGGUUACGGUCAAACUGAGUGCACAGCUGGAUGUACCUUCACCACGCCAGGGGACUGGACCUCAGGGCACGUAGGGGCACCGCUGCCCUGUAAUCACAUCAAGCUCGUCGAUGUCGAGGAACUGAACUAUUGGACCUGCAAAGGAGAGGGAGAGAUAUGUGUGAGAGGACCAAAUGUGUUCAAGGGCUACUUGAAAGAUCAGGACAGGACAAACGAGGCCCUGGACAACGAAGGCUGGCUCCACACUGGAGACAUCGGGAAAUGGCUGCCAGCGGGAACUCUUAAAAUUAUUGAUCGGAAAAAGCACAUAUUUAAACUUGCUCAGGGAGAAUAUGUUGCACCCGAGAAAAUUGAGAACAUCUACAUCCGGAGCCAGCCUGUGGCACAAGUCUAUGUCCAUGGGGACAGCUUAAAGGCCUUUUUGGUGGGCAUUGUUGUGCCUGACCCUGAAGCCAUGCCCUCCUGGGCCCAGAAGCGAGGAAUUGAAGGGAUAUAUGCAGAGCUCUGCACAAAUAAGGAUCUGAAGAAAGCCAUUUUGGAAGACAUGGUGAGGUUAGGAAAAGAAAGUGGACUCCAUUCUUUUGAACAGGUUAAAGCCAUUCACAUCCAUUCUGACAUGUUCUCUGUUCAAAAUGGCUUGCUGACACCAACACUAAAGGCUAAGAGACCUGAGCUGAGAGAGUACUUCAAAAAACAAAUAGAAGAGCUUUACUCAACCUCCAUGUGAAGCUCAAGGAAAGUUCUUCUCAGUAUAAUGGACUGUGUAGCAAUAUUAUAGUUAUUCUUGAAAGUAAUGACUCAAAAUGACACGCUGAAAAUGAAUAAGCAUCUGAUUUUAUGGCUCUUUCCUGUCCCAAGAGGUCUUUAACAAUAUUUUCUCUAUCACCACCGAGUACACUUUAUUUUUAUUAAAAUGGUAUUGUAGCGGGCUGCUAAAAAUAUUGCAAAUGGCAAUGUAAAAAUCAAGACGUUUUCUCAAGAACUGUGUAUACCACUAAAAGUAAUAUAUUCUCAAUGUUCACAAAAAUCCUAUUAAACAUAAAGCAAAAACAUAACUGACAUAUUGUACUUAAUUAUUUGUGGAAUAGUAAUCAGAUACAGUAAAUAUCUAGGCAAUGUGAACUCCCUCAUUCAAUAACUGUCAAAAUCACAAAUCAGAUUUUAAAAAUUAGAGCUAAGUAUACAGAAUCAUGCUAAAACAAAACACAAUAACUCACAUUCUAUAUAACUUCAGAUUCUUUAAACAUGAUGAUCCAUAUUGCCAUAUGUAAAACAGUUGUCUCUCUGAUUUUUACUUUUAUUCAUGAAAAAUACAAAUUCAGAUAUUCUUAACACAAAUGUUAUAUUUAUAUAAUAACUUACAAACAUAUUUCAAUACAUUUUUUCAUUUAUUAAGCUCAUUAAAACAUUCAGGUAUUAUCUAGAAAAAAUGUAAUGUAAAACCAUUCACAGAUAGUACACAUGUAUUCAUGAACGCCUUUUCAUAAUGAAUUCUAAAAGGUGUCUGUUGACUCUACAUCUGUUGACUCUACAAUGAAUGGAUCCUUGGGGUAGACUUGGGAGAAGAAACCCAGAGUUAUUUCUCAGGAUGGACAGCAAUUAAUUCAUUGCUGGGGUCUUCCGGUCUUCCAGUCUCAAUAUGUCCAUGCCAUGCCUGGGAAACUCAAUAUAGCUGUAAUUCUGAACAAUUUCACUUGCUUUCAGCAAGACUAUCUAGGCAAGACAGUGGGGAGGAGGGGACGUUAUUUCCACAGUAAAGAGUUUUUCGACAACAUAAUUGAGAAAACUUUGCAAGUCCAUCAAAGAGAAAUAUCUCCUAAUGACAUAAUUCCAUUCCUAAAAUCUUUAAAUGCAUCUAAGUUUAACCACAAAAACCUCCUUUCUUGCAUUAUGUAUGUAAACACACCUGUACUAGGAUGUCAGCUAUUUUAUAUAAUUAAGGCCCAGAUAUCACGGGCAGCAACUAAGUUCCAGGCAAUAGACUGUGCAUCUGAAAAAAAAGGCAUGGUCCUUAGGGAAGUAUUUUUCUUUUAUAGAGACAGGAUUCUGAAAGCAUAUGAACAACUCAUAUAAUUUAAAAAUAUAUGCUCAGUGUUCACAGCCCAGAAGCUCUCUUCCCUUGGAAGAAGCCUAAGCGGUUUAUAAAUAAAUGCUGUCAGUUAAAAACUGCACAAAAUCACAUAUGCUUAUUGGAUAAAUCUGCAUCAGCUAUUAUAUACUUAUAUUUUAGUCUUGUCAAAAGUGGACCACAGAUUCAUUUGAUGUAUUUAUCCAGUCUUUUCAAUAUUCCUUGGGUGUAUUCUCUCUGAAGACCCACUGUUUCACUUAGUAAAUGAGCUAGCUCUGUGCACAUUUAUUUUUAAAGGCAUUUCUGAAGAAGCAAACACUUAAAAUGUCAAAGGCUACAUAUGUAUAGCAUUAGUCUUUUUAAUAUUUAAUAUAUUUGGCUAAUUAAAAGUAAAAAUUAUUACCUGAAUUGGAUAUCCAUACUAUUUUAAGGGAAAGUUGUUUUAUAUUUCAACAAAAAAGAAACUUCUCCCAUUGUCCUUCCACUCAACUAAGAUUUCCUUGUUGGGUUUAAUCUCAAAAGGACUUUGAACAAUGUAACAUAAGCAAAUAAUUUAAAAUUUCUUUUGAUUUUACUUAUACUUCAUAAUAGCUAAAUAUGAUUGAUUAUGGACAACUUAAGAUUUCUUUUUUUUAACCCCUUAAAAUAUCUUGUUUCUCCUAAACUUCCAGAUCUGUGUGGAAAUUAUCACGUUUGGCCAAUAAAUGGGUUAGUGCAGAACUACUGAGAGAAGUAAAUGGUGGACCCUAAAUAUAUCACAUGUACAUUUAUUUAUUUCUCUGUUUAACUCCACUUAAUUUUGUAAUAAAUGAGAAGUGAAACAAUAUGUAUUAUUGGAAAAAUUCUUCUUGCUUCAGAUUUCCCAACUUUGUGGGGGAGAAAAAAAUUUGUGUUUCUCAUUAAAAAAAUAUACAAAAAGGCUAUGUACUUACUUUGGUCACAUUCAUAUUGGGCAUUGGAUCCUAUUUAAGCCUAGAGACAUAACAGAAAAUCAAUUCUUUAAGCAUAAAUAUGUUCUUAAAUGUUUGACUUUUUUUUACCUGUUUCUCAUUCAAAUGUGUUGGUAAUGCUAUCUAACUAAUCCUGUUGUGCAUAUUAUAAAAUUGAAUAUACACCAAAUCUUUUUUUUUUCCUUUUGCCAUAAAAAGAUGUCUUCAUACUUGAGACUUUCCCUCUAGAUAGGAGAGGAGGCUCUGGCCUAGCUCCAUGUAUUAGAGACUCACAAACUCAGACAUCCAAGGAUUAAACAUACCUUGUCUCCCUCAUAUAAGCAAGUCAUGCUUUCAUUCUAAAUUUAGUUAAAACUAUAAGUAUGAGAAAAAAUAGAACUUUUCAUUGGAAUUUUCAUAAUCAGGUAAUGACUUAGCAACUUGAAAUCAGCACUUAAUUUGAUUGUUAUUACCCAUCAGAGAACCAAUAACCUUUUUCUACAGUAAAGACAAUGAAUUAUUCUUUAUUUUUCAAAUGUAUAAAGCACAAAUGUGAUAUCAUUAUUAAAAUACAAAAGACUAUAAAAUGAAUGUAAAGAAUGGGAAAAUAUAUUUUUGCAUGAAAACAGACUGCUUACAAACUUGCUUAAUAUCUCAGGAAAAAAGAAUGAAUAAUCAUGUAUAAAGCUAGUAAACUAUAAGUUGGCUGUAUUUUCUUGCUGGCUUUAAUUUUAAGGAAGCAUUUACAUGAAAAAAGGAUCCUACUAGUCUGAAUUUUCUCUCAAGUAUGCUACAUAGUCCUUCCUGUAAAAUUACAAUUAACUGCAAUAAGAACUGAGCUAGCUUUCAAGUGGGGACAAAACCCCAAAGGAGAAACUCUUUAGUUAGAGCACAUUAAUGGUUGUAACACAGAAGCAAUAGAUAUAUACUUGGAUACAGGCAUUUCUAAACUUGGUCCCAAAUGGAAAGAGUUUCAUGAGGUGACAGUGGCUUUUAAACAUUUAUUUAACUGAUUAUUUUAAUUUUCCUUGGUAAGUCAUUGCAACAAUUGCAUGGGGAAAAAAAUGAAUAUUUUUUGAAGAAUUGUUUAUUCUACUUUAAAUUUUUAAAAAUUUAGGAGAUUAAAUAUUACUUUUUAAAUAUGCAUAAAAGAAUCCUCACUGUAAUUAUAUUUUCAGUUGCUUUGUUAAAAUAGCAUGCAUAUCAAAUAUAAAAUGCAUUUAUGAAAACUUUUGUAAAAAAAUAAAGAUUUUUCAUUUCUCAAAA